AUGGAUGACCUCCGUGAAAAUGUGAAUCAAGACGAAACUGCUGUACACAAUUCUGCAAGUGCAGCCCUUCUAUCAUCCAACCCACCACGGCAGCUUACGGUCUAUGAUGCGGUGGCUGGAAGAGCAGGCUUGAAUGGGUUUUUGACCCAAGAGCAGAAGCAGUCAGAAAAUGUCUUGCCUAUUGCGCCCGAGGAAGUUCUCCUGCGCAGGUCCACCAUCCCAGAGCAUGUGGUGAAUGAGUCGUAUGAUCUGCUGUCCGGGACUGACAAGCUGCCUGGGUCUGAAAUGCUGAAAGCAGUGCAUGCGUACGCCUCGGAUUUCUACAGUCGUGCGGUGCCAGGGCAAGGGACGUUUGAUUUUCGGACCCUGGAUGAGACAGCUCUGAUAGCCUUUGGGAUUCUACUUGAAGAAGCAGUCAAGGAGACCCUGGGUCAGGAUGGAGAUAUGGUUUUCGUGGAGCCCGAGGGACUAAAGCAUGGGCUCGACGAAACAAAAUUGACCAAGUAUCAAGUCAAGGGUCGAGUCAAGACAGCAAAGGCCCCCAAAAUGGAAUCUUCCGAGGAUAGUCUGCCAGAGGACGAAUCACCAGCGAAAAAACCGCGCCGUUGA